GUUGAUACAUGAGCCCGCUCAUUAAGGAACUGAAGGUUGUAUCAAUGGCAACGGUUUAGGAUCCCAAAGUAAGGGAGGAAAAAUACUUAGUAUCCUGGUGUUAUUUUAUAUUACGUUUUGUGUCCCGAACUGUUGUACAGUCCGGCAUUCCUGUCAAAUUACUGAUUCUGUGUUCCUGUUGAAAUAUUAUCGUACUCUUUUUGGAUUGUCGUUUCUUUUCCUACUUGGAAGGAGAAUCAAUUUCUUUUGUGGAGAUUAUUGAAAGCCAUUGAGGACAAAGUUUAAAGGAGUCAGAAGCGGUGUAAUAUUAACAACACGAUUCACUCAAACUUUUUUUUGUGCUAACGACUAGCUCUGCUUCUCAAUGGUCACUAGUCGACUGUAUUUUGUAUUGUUUGUUUGCAUUUCGAGUGCAUUUACUUCUGGAUUAACAUUUGGAUUUUCAUCAGCAACUACACUUCAAAUUUAUUUCGACUCUACUUGGAUAGCAGUUUUUGCUGGUUUAUUAAAUGCAGGUGGAAUAAUUGGAUCUUUGUGGUCAACGUGGCUUAUUCGUCAUUAUGGACAUUGUCUUACAUUAUUUUUUUCUUAUGGUCUAUCUGUCAUAGGAUGGAUGUUACUGUAUUUUUCAUCGUCAGCUGUCUACGAACGAUAUUCACCAACUGUUCAAUUAGUAUUAGGACGUCUAAUAACCGGUUUAGGAUGUGGAUUAACUUUAACUACUAAUGUAAUUUAUAUCUAUGAGAUAAUUCCAUCAUCAUGGAAAGUAUUGAUGGGAUCAUUGUUUCAAGUUGGUAUAACAUGCGGAAUUGUUGCUGAUUAUGCACUUGCAAUUUUUUUAAACUGGGAUACUAUUUCUUUGGUUUUCGCUUUGGUUAUUUCAUUUGUUGCCGUUUUAACUUAUAUGUUACCCGAAUCUUCUGAAUGGUGCGUUAAAAUGGGUAAUUUGCAAUCAGCUGAAGCAUCUCAUUAUUGGUUGCAUGGAAACGAGAUACCUUUUAAACAAAAUGGGAAUAAUUUAACGAUCAAUGGAAAUGUUUCUCAUGAUAUAUCAGAUCUUAGCACAAAGUCAUACACUGGUUCUUUUCAUGUAUUGAAUGAUUCAAAGUCUAAGCUUCGUACGAUUUUUAUAUUAAUAACAUUUCAACAAUUAACAGGGAUGAGUGCUAUAAUCUACUUUGCUGAAUCUGUUUGCCUAUUUGGUGGGCUAGUAUCAUAUCAAUGUGGAUUCAAGAUGGGAUUAUGUCUAUUUAUUUCUAGUAUUGUAUCAGUAUUUGUGGUUAGAAAAUUCUCCUGGAAAAAGCUACUACUAGUUGGUGCUGUAAUUCUGGCUUUAUCCCAUCUGUGGUUCUCACUAACGGUAUCACAAACUGAAACUUCAAUGUCUUCAAUGCAUCAAGUUUAUUUAAUUGUAUUUGUUAUAACUUUUGCAUGUAGUUGGGGUCCAUUACCAUUAUUAAUAGCAUUAGAAUCAUUUCCAAUUAUUAAUAGAAAUUAUGUGAUUAAAUCAUCUUUAACAGUUGGUUGGACAGUUUGCUUUUUUGUUACAUUUAUAUUUGAACCAUUUAUAUUAUGGACAAGUGUAUCAGUUUUAUUUGGUAUAUUCUCAUUAUGUUGUUUAUUAUCUUGUGUUUAUGUUUAUUUUCAUAUUCCUGAUAUGAAAUCAAUGAACACCACCUAAUAUGUGUUUACCUUUUCUUGGUUAAUAUCAUAGUAAUAAUGAUAAUAAUAAUUCACAUAUUUAAAGUGAAGAUUUUCACUGAUAUAUAUAUAUGAACACUUCACUGUAGUCUUGUUCAUUUAUUAUGUUGGUUAACCGUGACAGCAAUUAUUUUAUUGAUUGUACUGUAGAGUGUUGGUUACUAUUAUUGUUAAGCCCAAAUAACUUAUUCUAGCUUUUGGACAAACUAAUUUAUCUAUUCUUCUUUGAGUCACAUUUUAACUUUGCUAAUUAUUUACUUAUCACAACCCUGCCUGUUUUUUAUAUGAGCACAUAUGUGUUUACACACAUCUUAUCCUAUAUUCAUCACAUGUCUGUAACUUAUUUUCGUUGGACUAUAAAAAUAUCGAUUACCGCUUGGUAAAAAGGGAGUUGGCAAAUACGCCUUCUCCACUGUGUGUCCUUUCGUUUCAUCCCACUCAUUUCCUGUUCACAUCAGUGAGUGGACAAAAUAUAUGUAUUUAGCAAUC